AUGAAACUGCGUGGUCUACGUACGGUCAAUGUCGUUUGUUUGACUUUGUGUAUUAUUGCUGGAAUUUGUUUUUUAUUAGUACUUUUUGUAAUUUCUAUUAUUCAUACUUAUAUCAGUUAUAACAGUUUUGUAAAAUCGUUUCAAUUUUCUACUGUACCCUUCUGGAAAGAUAAUCGAACUAUAAAUGCCAGUCCGCUUGUACCUGUAAUAAAAUUAGAAGAGGUUAGUUUGUUAAAUUUGAGCAUAGUUGUUGUGUCGUGCUGUCGAAACGUAAGAAAGCAUCUAGUUGGUUUUCAACGGAAUCUACAAGCUAUUACGGCAUUAUUUGGUGACUAUCGAAUUUAUCUGGGAGAGUCGGAUUCAGAAGAUGGAACGUUAACAUUUUUAAAUCAAUGGAGAAACAAUGACUCAGAGCAUGUUCGUGUUCAUACAAAAGGACAACAACGUUGGCGCAUAUUUUCACGUACUGCUCGUAUUGCUUCAUGUCGUAACAGUCUUCUUCAACAAGCCCGUGAAGAAUUACCAUCGUUUGCUUAUUAUUUUGUACUUGAUGUCGAUGUAGGCGCGUCGUCUUUGUUUGACGUGAAAGAUUUUGUUUCGAAUUUUAUCUAUCCAAGUUCUUCAUGGAUUGCUAUGACAGCAACACAACGAUCAGAAUAUUAUGACAUAUGGGCACUUCGUAUUAAAUCAAUAUUACCAUUCGAUUGUUGGCAACGUAUUAAUAAACUAACCUGGUUCUUUAUCGAUCGAUCAUAUUUAACGAAACAUUUAGUUAAAAUUCACCAAGAACCAAUUCCACGUAAUGUUUCAUUGAUAGAAGUUGAAUCAGCAUUUGGUGGUGCUGCUUUAUAUAAUGCAAAAUAUUUAAAUGAUCAUUGUUCCUAUGAAGGAAAACAUCAAUAUGGAACUUGGUGGAACGAUAACAAAUGUGAACAUGUUUCAUUUCAUGAAUGCCUCCAACAAUAUGCAACCGAACAAAAAAUUUACAUCAAUCCUCAAUUUCAGAUUUGUUAA